AACCUUAUUUCUUUUGUCUUUGUCCUCGUCAUCAGGACAGCAUAACGAUGCCCGAAUGAACCUGGCCAUUGCGCUGUCUGCCGCUCGCCAUGGCGCAGCCGUCGCCAACUACACAGAGGUUGUCCGCCUUCUGAAAACCAAAGAUCAGCAGACUGGCAAGGAGAAAGUGUGCGGCGCCCGCUGCAGGGACAUCAUUACAGGAAAGGAGUUUGACGUGAGGGCCAAAUGUGUGAUCAAUGCCACUGGACCCUUCACUGACUCUCUGAGGCAGAUGGACAAACAGGAGAUUUCCAAUAUCUGCCAGCCAAGUGCGGGGGUCCACAUCGUCAUUCCGGGAUACUACAGCCCUGACAACAUGGGCCUGUUGGAUCCAGCCACGAGUGACGGCCGUGUCAUCUUCUUCCUGCCCUGGGAGAAGAUGACCAUCGCUGGGACCACCGAUUCACCCACCAACGUAACAGCCCACCCCAUUCCAGGGGAAGACGACAUCAACUUCAUCUUGAGGGAAGUUCGCAACUAUCUCAGCCCAGACGUGGAAGUACGGAGGGGAGACGUGCUGGCAGCUUGGAGCGGCAUCCGCCCCUUGGUGACUGAUCCCAGCUCCAAGGACACCCAGUCAAUCUGCAGGAACCACAUAGUAUCCAUCAGUGACAGUGGGCUGGUCACUAUCGCAGGUGGGAAGUGGACGACCUACCGAUCCAUGGCUGAGGAGACUCUAGAUGAAGCAAUUAAAUCCCACAGCCUCUCAGCUCAACCUUGUAGGACUGUAGGUCUGAUGCUGGAGGGGGCCAAGGGCUGGACCCCAACCCUCUACAUCCGUCUGGUGCAGGACUACGGCCUGGAGAAGGAGGUACAACAUUGA